GUUCUUGAAACGCAUCGAAACUCAAACGUCGUUGUUGUUGGAUUUGCGUUGACCAUUUAUGAUUUAGCGAAUGUUAUAUUACUAUUUGUCCUAAUUCCUUUGUGGAUCAGCACCCACACCUUGAAAUGAGACUGCGUAGUUUUCGAUCAAGAUAGUUGUUGAAAGCUGACAAAACUUGGAACGUCACUGAGAUGCUUAGCUGAUAGCUAACUAAGCUGUACGUCGCUAGCAAGAGAAAACUUUUCUGGCAACAGUCUCAAAUUUAAUCGCAACAGGUCAAUCUCCCGAAAAGAAUUGGGUUUAUUUUUCAAGUUGCGCAUCCAUUGGAUCUUUUUGUAACACCCAACGUUGACUCAGACAGCGAAUAUUUCGUUAAAGUUAAUGCAACGCUUAAUAAUUCAGCAACGUUAACUCUCCUUCGAAGAGUUAUAAAGUCUCCCAUGAACGAAUGCAGUUUCUCCUGGAUUACAGGAAUUCUACGACGCUUUCCUGGGAGCCACCAUUAGCUUCUUACUUUAAAAGGUUAACGUGAAUAAUUGAUUUAUCGACGCCAAUAUGAUGCCGAUGUUUUUGACUGUUUACCUCAGCAACAAUGACCAGCAUUUCACAGAGGUACCCAUCACUCCUGACACAGUGUGCCGUGAUGUGGUGGAGCUGUGCAAAGAGCCUGGAGAAAUAGAUUGUCACCUUGCGGAGAUGUGGCGUGGAUCAGAGCGUCCAGUGGGUGAUGGGGAGAGGAUGCUGGAUCUGCUGCAGGGCUGGGGACAACAGAGAGCUGAAGUGCGCUUCCUCUUACGCCAUAACAGAGCAUCAAACCAUGAGUCAGGUAGUUCCAGAGGCACAGAGUACAAGAAGAAUGGGUUGAAGGGGCCAGUGGAUAGAAGGAUGGAGAAUGGGGUAUCUGCUCCAUGCAUGGACAUGACCCUUGCAGAGCUGCAAGAGAUGGCAGCCAGACAACAGCAGCAGAUUGAUGCUCAACAGCAACUCCUGGCCUCAAAGGAGCAACGCUUGCGCUUUCUCAAACAGCAGGAUCAGAGGAAGCAGCAGCAGGUCUUUGAACAGGAGAAGCUGCAGAGAUUGCGGGAGAAUGUAGAGAAGCAGGAGAUUCGGCUGAAGAAAGUUCGGGCCCUCAAAGGCCAGGUGGAGCAGAAACGCCUCAGUAAUGGAAAGUUGGUGGAGGAGAUUGAACAGAUGAACAGCCUGUUCCAGCAAAAGCAGCGUGAGCUGGUUGUAGCGGUGUCUAAGGUAGAGGAGUUGAGCCGACAGCUAGAGAUACUGAAGAAUGGCAAAAUGGACCCCUUGAACAACAACCAGAGCUCUGUGGCUGAACUGGACUCCCUCUACAAAGAAUUGCAGUUAAGGAACAAGCUGAACCAAGAGCAGAAUGCUAAGCUUCAGCAACAACGGGACAACCUGAACAAACGUAACCAGGAGGUGGCAACCAUGGACAAGCGUGUGAAUGAGCUCCGAGAGCGCCUCUGGAAGAAGAAGGCGGCUCUACAACAGAGGGAAAACCUACCUAAUGGCUUUCCUGUUAAAGAGAAGGCUUCUAAAGACUCUCAUCCUAAGGUGUCAUCUGACAUCCAUAUCCAGCAGCAGACAGGUGGGUCCCGUGUGGCAGCAGUGGGACCUUACAUCCAGUCCUCCACUAUGCCCCGUGGACAACUGAGGAAUGAGCAGCUAGUGAAGCCUCCUGUCCCAGAUGGCACUUCAACCUUGCCAGCACAAGAGAGAACCACUCCAGAGCUUAAGUCCAGCACAGGUGUCCAUCCACCAAAGGUGGCCAGUCUGUCGGACCAGAGCAUUUCUACUACAAGGACAGAUUCUACUGUGAGCCAUGGCUUGUCUUCCACCCUUCCCAGGACAAAUACCCACACCCCAGAAGAACAAGCAGAGGUUGACACUGAGGUACUAAAGCGAGGAGGACAGGACAGGAAAGUGCGUCCUUUCUCAAUGUUUGAAUCCAGUGAGCUGCCUGCCACAGAGUUGCCUCCUACCGCCCUCCGAAAGAACCAAAGCAGUGAGGAUCUAGUCAGGGAUGCCCAGAGUGCUGGAAAGGUUGUAAAGAUUCCACCACCAGUGCCCAACAAACCCAGACAGGUCAACCUUCCUCCAGGCACUCAGAUACCAUAUGGCAAGCAGGCCUUUCACACCAGUACUUUCCCAGGCAAAGUCAAAGGUCCCAUCCAGUUACAAACUUCUGGCUCACAAAGUCGCUUGCCUCUCCCCUCAAGUCAGAGCAACACUCUCCCUCUGCCCUCGAAGCAGGAAGCUCCACCAGCGGCCACAGUUCGUCCCUUCACCCCGGAGCUCGGUGGGACAAAAGAUGCAAAUGGACUUCAAAAGCCACAAUCUGGUGCUGCAAGCUACAUCUAUAAGAUGUAUUUAGGUGAAGUUUCCCAGCAGGGUGUACAGGGAGCAUUAUCAAGAUCCCAGAACCGUAAUCAUUUUGUCAGUGUGUAUGGGAAACCAGUCAUCUCUGGAGGGUCCCAGGUAUCUCAGAACCAGCACCCAGAAAAUCCUUACAUGGAACGACCUAGUGGCAGCAGCAACACCCCAGACUCUGAAGUAGACCAAGGCACUUUGGGUCCUGGGAUGCCUGAGAACCAGGAGACUGAGCGCAUUCCACGGCCCCUCAGCCCCACUAAGUUGCUGCCCUUCAUCUCCAACCCCUACCGGCACCAAAGUGAUGUGGACCUGGAGGCUCUGCGCAAGAAGCUGUAUAAUGCACCACGUCCCCUUAAGAAGCGUAGCUCCAUUACUGAGCCUGAGGGUCCAGCGGGACCCAACAUUCAGAAACUGCUUUACCAGAAAACCACACUGGCUGCAAUGGAAACCACUGUCUCUGAGCCAGUUUACCAGCCAAGUGUCGUUGAAGAGAACAAGGAAAGUUCAAACAUUCUUCCAGCAUCUGUGAUUGAGAUCGCUCCUUUAGAUGACGUUGUGAAUGUGGCUCCUCUGGAGACCCUGCUUGAGCCACCAACUGUAUCCCCCGCCGUCUCUAAGACUGAAGGGGAUGAUUUUGUACCACCACCACCACCUCACCCUGCACCACGUCCAGAGGAUUCUCUCCUGUCCACACAAGUAGCUCAGGAGCAACCAAUGAACCUGCCCACUCCACCUCCUGAGACCAUCCUGGAGGAGUUUCCCCCAUACCCACCCCCUCCCUACCCUAGUAGUGGAGCAGGACCAGAACAGGAAAGCCUUGGGGAGGACACGUUCAACAUGGAGCCGCCUGAGGUCACAGGCCAGGUCACCCUGCCUCCAGGUAAGAGAACAAACUUGCGGAAAUCUGGAUCAGAACGCAUUGACCACAACAUGAGGGUUAAGUUCAACCCACUAGCACUUCUGCUGGAUUCCUCCCUAGAAGGAGAGUUUGACUUAGUCCAGAGGAUCAUCUUUGAGGUUGAGGAUCCCAGUCAGCCCAAUGAUGAAGGGAUUACGGCCCUGCAUAAUGCUGUGUGCGCUGGGCAUACUGAGAUAGUCAAGUUCUUGGUGCAGUUUGGUGUUAAUGUCAAUGCAGCUGACAGUGAUGGCUGGACACCCCUACAUUGUGCAGCCUCCUGUAAUAAUGUCCAAGUCUGCAAAUUUUUAGUGGAGUCUGGGGCUGCUGUAUUUGCCAUGACUUACAGUGACAUGCAAACAGCAGCAGACAAGUGUGAAGAGAUGGAAGAUGGUUAUACACAGUGCUCCCAGUUUCUCUAUGGUGUUCAGGAAAAGAUGGGCAUCAUGAACAGAGGUGUAGUCUACGGCCUGUGGGACUACGAAAGGGAGAGCAGUGAUGAGCUUUAUUUCCAGGAGGGUGACUGCAUGACUAUUGUGCGGCGUGAGGAUGAGGAUGAGGUGGAGUGGUGGUGGGCACGUAUAGGCAACGCGGAGGGAUACAUACCUCGCAACCUCUUGGGGUUAUAUCCCAGAAUAAAGCCACGACAGAGAAGUCUGGCAUAAAAGAAGAGGAUACUUGUGGAGCAGAUCAAGUUGAGGAUAACAUCAAACCACUGAAGAAUCACGGGGUGCUCAUCUAUGAAUUGACAUGGAGCUCACUAGAAGGGUAGCUCGGUCAAAAUAUGAUGAUACCAAAAUAUAUGAAGGAUUUCUUUGAGAGGAAAAAAUAUCAAGAUUUUAUAAUCAGUAACUCUUUGGGCUCAUCCAAAGCAUUUUUACAGAUGACAAAUGUGAAAUUUAUGUUGUGCAUGUGUUUCUUAAUCUAAGCUUUUAAUAGAGGGAGAUCCAUACCUAUAUUAAAUGUCAUGACAUACAAGGAUCUGUAGAAAAGGGAAACUGAGAUUUCAAGUUUAGAGUUAGAACGGCAUCUGCACAACUGCCUCUACAAUUAGGGUGACCAGACGUCCUGGUUUUCCUGGGACAGUCCCGAUUUUGAGUGGCGUGUCCCGAGUCCCGACAAAAGCCUGUCCCGGUUUUCACCAACAACUAUUGAAGUGUGGUUUUAAUAGGCUAUAGCCCGAUCACUACCUAAACCCAUGUAGAAACUAGCAUAAAGCGUCCGACGUAUGAUAUGAUUUGUGUGUGUGUGUUUGUGUGUUUGUGUGUGUGUGUGAUCGUGUGCCUGUCGAUCGCAACAGUCUGCACAAUCUUUGCAGUCAAUGUUACAUUGUUUCAUUGCCUCGUUUUAAUGGCUAGCAGGUUACGCUACGACAAUGCUGAAGAGAAAGUAAUCAUUCUCAAUAACCUAGUCCGUGAGCCAGAGGGGUUGGUCGUUACCAAAAAGGUGGCAAACCAUACCUUUUCUGAAAGCCUUGAAUCUCAGCUUUUCAAUGAUGUAUAAUGGCCAUCUGACAAGAGUUGUUUAGAGUUAUCACACAUAAUGUAAACUAAGGUUGAGAAAAUAAUAUGGCUGAGUUUCGUUUUCAAAAAAUGUUUUCAUGCUUAGAUCUGGAUAAUAGGUGAGGAAUGUUUAGGAAUCAGACAGUGCAGGCCCUAAUCUCUGACUGAAAGUGCACAGAAUUUGUGCAUUUACACAGCAAUAUUUAAGAAAUUUUCUCGGGGGUGACACCCCCGAACCCCCACUACCAUUUGGGCUUAAGGACGGCAACGAAAAAAAAAAAAGUUUCACCCGCAUGUUGACGUUACAUUUGGUCACGCACAAAGUGUCCCGGUUUUAGAUCAGAGAAAUCUGGUCACCCUAUCUACAAUGUAACCCAAGGGGCAACUGUGCACAUCACAGCACAUAGGGCUGGUGUCCCCUGGGGACCAAAAGCUUCUACCAAGUUUCAAGCUGUUGAAAUAGUCUCAUGUUUGUCAAGUCCUUAACCUCUAUGUAAUGACAUCUAAUACCCAAGUGAAUUUUGGUGCAAUAUCUGCCUUAUGUUGUGAAAAAGGAAAUCUGUGCAUAGUAUGUUUCUGUGAGCACUUCACCUAGUGUCAUUGUAAUAGAGGACCAUUUUUUUUUCUCAUUUUGCCAUUAUUUGCUUAUUCUGUGGAUUUGUUCAGAAAUCACUGGGGUCAAAGACUGCAUUCACAUGCAUGCCAUAUUCUGGUUUUAGUCUAAAUAAUAUUCCAGUUAAGUUAUGUAAUCACCUCAACCCAAUUGCCUUAACUUGAUUGAUUAUAUUCCCAUUGCUAAAAACACGGAUAAGACCCCUGGCAUACCCCUAUGUUAUUGGGGCAUGUAAACACAUUAGUUGGAAAAUUACCCUACUAAUAAUCUUAAUAACCAUUAAUUUACAUUUGCACUAGCCUGACAUGGCCCUCCGUAAGCUUCCGCUCAAUUUUCAUUUCCCUUUACCAUUACGUCUGGGUCUGAUCCCAUUGAACUCGAUUUCUCUUCCACCGGACCAAUCAGCGAACGUAAAUUUAGGCUAUGAAAUUAGCCUAUUCUAUCUGCAACUCGCGAAAAGUUCAAAUUGCCUGAUUCUGGACUUCGAUGCAAUUGGAUAACUACGACCAAAACAGAAAGUUGUAGCGCUGUCGUCAUCAGUUCAGCUCGCCUUUGUCCCGCCUACGCCGAGUUGAUUGCUAUUGGUGCAAACCGAAAUUUGCAUCAUUGCUUGUGGCCAGAGUAUCUUGCAGACACAAUUCAAAUUGUGCUCUUGCGAGAACUCUGGAUUUCCAGGGUAGUGAAAAAGGGUACGAGAAACUCCAUGCAGGUUUUGUACAAAUUCUGAAUAUAAAAAUCAGCCUUAAUUGGAAUAUGGUGUGCAUGUAGACACAGUCAUGGUUUUUACUAUAUGCAUGGAUCCCUUCUGUGUUAUUGUAUGUUGUAUAUUAGAAUUGAUAUUGGGAUAAAAAUAGAAAAAUCAAUAUAUUAGAUAAUGUUGAUCAAAUUGAUUACUGUUUAACAUUUGAUCGCCUUUGCAUCGGUCACCACCCUUUUUAUAUCUGUAUGUGCACAUUGGUAAUAUUCAACAUAGUCAACACUAAGCUUAUAUUGAGUUUUCUGUUACUGAAAAGGAUAAGGAAAAGAUGAAGCCCCUGGACUGAAGUUAUUCAAAAAGCAAUAAUAAUGAUAAUAAUAAUAGUAAAUAUCAAAUUUUGUUACAUCAAUUCUCUGUAUAUCCAUUUACUUGUCAUUUUCUGUAGGUAAGGUGGAAAUAUGAAUUACAAUGGUGAAAGUUAUUAUUUUAUUUGUAUGUCAAAUAAAAAAAGGAUAGUCUAAGGACAUGCAUACUCUACCAUUAUCCCAAUGAUGUUUUUUUUUUUUUUUUAUCUUGAUUUUUUGUUCUUUUAAUGACACUGUUUGUAUGAUCAUUAUUCAGUAUUUUAAUAAUAAAACAAUCUUAUACA